AUGUCGCGCUCCUUCUAUGUCGACUCGCUCAUCAUCAAGGACUCCUCGCGGCCCGCGCCCUCGCUACCAGAGCCGCACCCGGGGCCAGAUUUCUUCAUCCCGCUGGGCAUGCCGUCCCCGCUGGUGAUGUCUGUGUCUGGGCCCGGCUGCCCGUCCCGCAAGAGUGGCGCGUUCUGCGUCUGCCCACUCUGCGUCACUUCGCACCUGCACUCCUCUCGCGGGCCCGCGGGCUCCGGCGGCGGGGGCGCAGGCGCCGGGAGCACAGGGGCCGGUGGUGGGGGGGCGCCGGGGGGCGUAGGGGCCCUGCCCUUGCUCAAGGGUCAGUUCUCUUCGGGUCCCGGGGACGCGCAGUUUUGUCCACGCGUGAGCCACGCGCACCAUCAUCACCACCCGCCGCAGCACCACCAUCACCACCAUCAGCCCCAGCAGCCGGGCUCCGCCGCCGCCGCAGCGGCCGCGGCCGCUGCGGCGGCGGCCGCGGCAGCCUUGGGGCACCCUCAGCACCACGCACCUGUCUGCGCCGCCACCACCUACAACGUGGGGGACCCGCGGAGAUUCCACUGCCUCACCAUGGGGGGCUCGGACGCCAGCCAGGUACCCAAUGGCAAGAGAAUGAGGACGGCGUUCACCAGCACGCAGCUCCUGGAGCUGGAGCGCGAAUUCUCUUCCAACAUGUACCUGUCUCGACUCAGGAGGAUCGAAAUCGCGACAUACCUGAACCUGUCAGAGAAGCAGGUGAAAAUCUGGUUUCAGAACCGUCGGGUGAAGCAUAAGAAAGAAGGGAAGGGCACCCAGAGGAACAGUCACGCGGGCUGCAAGUGCGUAGGCAGCCAGGCGCACUACGCGCGCUCCGAGGAUGAGGACUCCUUGUCGCCGGCCUCGGCCAACGAUGACAAGGAGAUUUCUCCCUUAUGA